AGUAGCUACUUGUUUAGGCCGAGACGCGUUGGUCCAGGUUCUGUGUUGAAGAUUUUCCGCGCUCACUAGUCCUGCCACUGCCACCUCUGCCGCCAUGGGGAAGCGACAGCACCAGAAGGACAAGAUGUACAUUACGUGUGCAGAGUACACGCACUUCUAUGGUGGCAAGAAACCAGAUAUCCCACAAACAAAUUUUCGUCGUUUACCUUUUGACCAUUGCAGUCUCUCCCUGCAGCCCUUCAGCUACCCAGUCUGCACCCCUGAAGGCGUCGUCUUCGACUUGCUGAACAUCCUCCCUUGGCUUAAGAAGUACGGGACCAACCCCAGCAACGGCGAGAAACUGGACGGGCGGUCCCUGAUCAAGCUGAACUUCACAAAGAAUAAAGAAGGAAAGUACCACUGCCCGGUGCUGUUCACCGUGUUCACCAACAACAGCCACAUCGUGGCGGUCAGGACCACCGGCAAUGUCUAUGCCUAUGAGGCCGUGGAGCAGCUGAAUAUCAAGGCCAAGAAUUUCCGAGACCUGCUGACCGACGAGCCCUUCUCCCGCCAGGACAUCAUCACCCUCCAGGACCCCACCAAUUUGGACAAAUUCAACGUCUCCAACUUCUUUCACGUUAAGAAUAACAUGAAAAUAACAGACCCAGAUGAAGAAAAGGCCAAGCAGGACCCGUCUUAUUAUUUGAAAAACACAAAUACCGAGACCCGGGAGACGCUGCUGGAGCUCUACAAGGAGUUCAGAGGCGACGAGGUCCUGGCGGCCACCAUGAAAGCCCCAGAGAAGAAGAAGGUGGACAAGCUGAAUGCCGCCCACUACUCCACCGGGAAGGUUAGCGCCUCCUUCACCUCCACUGCCAUGGUGCCUGAGACCACACAUGAAGCAGCCGCCAUUGAGGAGGACGUGCUGCGGUACCAGUUUGUGAAGAAGAAGGGCUACGUGCGGCUGCACACCAGCAAGGGCGACCUCAACCUGGAGCUGCACUGUGACAUGACACCAAAAACCUGUGAAAACUUCAUCAGGCUCUGCAAGAAGCAGUAUUACGACGGCACUGUCUUCCAUAGGUCCAUUAGGAACUUUGUGAUCCAGGGGGGUGACCCCACUGGCACGGGCACAGGUGGGGAGUCGUUCUGGGGAAAACCCUUCCGAGACGAGUUCCGGCCCAACCUCUCGCACACGGGCCGUGGCAUCCUCAGCAUGGCCAACUCGGGGCCCAACACCAACAAGUCUCAGUUCUUCAUCACCUUCCGCUCCUGUGCGUACCUGGACAAGAAGCACACCAUCUUCGGGCGGGUUGUCGGGGGCUUUGACACACUGACAGCCAUGGAGAAUGUGGAGAGUGACCCCAAAACCGACCGUCCCAAGGAGGAGAUCCGCAUCGACUCCACCACGGUGUUCGUGGACCCCUUCGAGGAGGCGGACGUCCAGAUCGCCGAGGAGCGGAGGAAGACCCAGCUCGAGGAGGCGGCCCCAGAGAGCACAGCGACGAAGAGCCAGCCCAAGUCGGGGAGCCAGGGCCCCCCGACGUACCGCCAAGGGGUGGGCAAGUACAUCAGCCCUGCAGCCACGAAACGUGUAGCAGACGAGGAACCAUCAACCAGUGCAGCUGUCCCUGUGGCCAAGAAAAAGCCCAGCCGCGGUUUCACGGACUUUAGCUCGUGGUAGCAGUGGGUCUGCUGCUCUGGAUCCCGCCUCUGCUAGCCUGCUUUCCAUUCUGCUGACCUUGACCCUGCUACCUCAGCUCUCUUGAAGUGCCUCUGUGGAAGUGUAGUGACAGCUGCCUCCUCCCAGGCCAACGUCUCCUCCAGCUCUGGGGCUCCGAAACGGUCACUGUUCACCUCACGCCCUCCUGUGGGCACAGGUCACCACCCCAUUCUGCGCACCACACUGAAACUCUAACUCUGCUCCACCCUUGGUUUUUCUUUUCCCUCCUCACCCAAAAUCUCAAUUCCACCAGUGAGUCUCAUCAGCUUACUUCCAGAAUGCACCUUGGCUCUGUCCCAGCUCUCACACCAAACACCAGGUCCCAGGGCUCUCACCAGCCUUGGUGUCGGCCCGUGUGCACGUCCACCUGGGUGCCGAGCUGCCUUCCCAGAGCUCACUGGCCUCAUCUCCCUUCAGGACAGAGCCCAGCUCUCUCCUGUGCUGAGAACAAGUUCUGUGCCUGCCCCCCGCCCCCAACAGGGGACCUGGGCUCUGCAGAGCAAGUGCCUAGCCCCUCUGCAACUUCAACCAGACAUGACCCCCUCCGACUACAGACAGACUAGCGAGAGGCUGGCUGCACCAGCACUGGCUCCAAAAGCCUGGCUCACACAGGAAGAGAGGGUAGGUGGGGUGGCGGGGUGUGGGACCUGUGUGGGUACAGCACACCCGGACUCCUUGGGGGAGGCAGCCAGCCCUGCUGCAGUUGAGGAGCAAGUGCUGAGUGCCGCUUAGCCAAAGCCCUGUAACCACGUGGUGAGGCUUUCCUCAGGUCCUGCUCACAGGCUCUAAGGCAGUGAGCCCAUCGGCAAGUGCCCCAAGAGGCCAUAUCUGCUCUUGAGAGCACGCAGGCUGGGAAGCGCCCCCGGGAAGGGGAGCAGGCUCGCUGGGAGCUGCACAGCACCACGCCGGGUCCCUCGGCGUCAGAGCAGAGCACCGAGACACAUGUGCUACUGGAAAGGAGAUGCUGGACAUGGGAGCUUUAUUUUUAAACCUCACAGACACAGAGGACCGAGGGCUGGACACAGGGAGGCCGAGGGGGCUUGUGUGCUCAGGCUCGGCAGCCCUGCCCCGAGGGGCGGACCUCCGGGCCGCAGCCAGCCAGCCCCACGGCACCGCCCCACAGCGGGAGGACAGGCCGGCCCGGAACCUUUGAUGGGCGAGGCUUUGCGUUUCUGUAAAUUGUGUUGGGGCUUAAGCUGUCGUCCAGAAAUUACACAACCACUUGGAUUUUUUAAGUACCCAGUGAGGUCAUCAGGUAAAUUAAAGGACUUCUGAAAAAUU